ACCUUUGGCGCAACAUCGAACUUGCUACCUCUCUAUCCUUUUCCUUGCUUAUAUUAACAAAGUGACGUCUUUAAUAAUGGAAUUUUGAACACAUUUUGCGCAAUCAGGUUUCUUAAUCACACUGUAUCUAUUUUUCUUCGUGUAACUUAGAUCAUGGACGGGAUUCUAAAGACUUCGGCGGUGGUGUUGUUGGUGGCGCCUUUGGCCCUGGCUAUUCCCACGGCACCCGAGGCUCCAGCGGUAAGCGAGGGUUACGAGGAACUUUCAACCUAUUUCGAAAAUGAUUUAGCAGCAACCAACGACAGCGAGGUGCAGGACGGCGCAAACCGUGUGCUUACAGGAUUUGGUUACAGCUAUGGUGACCAAUAUUUCGGCUCAUACCCGAGUUAUCCUCAAGGCGCAGGACUUCCCAUUAACCAGUGGCAGUAUAAUAACGGUUACUACGAUACAGGAUACCAUCAAAAAUGUUUACGCUACUGCCUCGGAUCCAGACCUGGAUCCUACACCUGCUGUGUCCCAAGCCACCCCAAUGAACCUCGGUGCCCGGAGGUGAGGGCGACCUGCACUGACCCCUACUACUACAGCGGGCCUCCCCAGCGGUGCGAGGAUAGCCAUGGGUGCUCGCCGAGUUCACUCUGCUGCUACGAUGCGUGCCUGAACCAUAAAACAUGCAAGCCUUCGCAGUAUGGAUAAGUUACUCGCCAAAGCUGAAUAUAUUUGUCCUGCUUUCAUGUUAUGUUACUCUGUAUCAGAAGUGAAUGAUAUACCAAAGUAUGUAUUUCAAUAGGUACCUCGAUAUUUCGUAGUAGUUAGCACAAUAUAUAUGUAUUCAUAUAUACAUACAUUCACACACACACACACACACACACACACACACACACACACACACACACACACACACAAAUAUAUAUAUAUAUAUAUAUAUAUAUAUAUAUAUAUAUAUAUAUAUGUAUAUAUAUGUAUGUAUGUAUGUAUAUUUAUAAAUUAACAGCAUGACUCAGAACUUAAAGCAAUAAAAUAUCACAAAAACGUUUUCUUUUUCAAUUUACACAUGUAUAUAUAUAUAUUCAUGUGUGUAUGUGUAUGAAAUCUGGAAAUCGGUAUAUAUGUAUAUACAUGUGUGUGUGUGUCUAUGUGAUAGACUUCUCAAAAUUUAGAAUAUUGCAUAUAAAGGUUCUCUUCGUUCUGGAGGGUUUCCCAGUUUAUGCCAUCAAAGAAAUAUUUACAGCUUCUAUAAUUAACUUUUAAUUGUACUUUCCUUUACAUUCCUUACUUACGAUGAGUUUUUAAUUUAGCAUACAGUAUUCUAACUUAAUUACUGGUCACUUCUGCAUAGAGGAGGACAGUACUCUAUGUCCCUAUUAUCAUCUUUAUAUUGUGUAAAUAAUAGGCCAACAUAAACAAUCUAUAUCUGUAUAAACCAUUUCUUUUGCCUGGAGGACAAAUGAUCAUGCUUUUUCUUCUUCGGUCCUUUGUUCGUUUUUGUUUCUUACUUCUUCCUUUUUUCUGCAGUAUUUCUCUGUCAUCUUUGGUCAUAUUUUCUUUUGUGCAGAUUUUCUUAUAUUAGCCGUGGUAUUACAUCAAUUACCAUAUACUUCUUCAUGAAUGUCACUGUUAAAGAGCGCGCGCUCGCGUGUGUGUGUUUGUGUGUGUGUGUGUGUGUGUGUGUGUGUGUGUGUGUGUGUGUGUGUGUGUGUGUGUGUGUGUGUGUAACUGUACAUAAAUACGUACAUACAUGCAUACAAAAAAAAAAAAAAAAUAUAUAUAUAUAUAUAUAUAUAUGCAGGGCUACUAAUAGCAGUACUAAGCCACAGAGAUUCUUUACAAUUGUAACAUAUAUAUAAUAUAAUGAUAAAAUUUCAUACAUAAGUGGUAAUGAGGUAAUUCAUUUUAAAACAUAAUAUCUAUCUGUUUCACUACAUCUAUAGAUCUAUAUAUAUUUAUCUAUUUAUCUGCCUACAUCUAUUAUAUAUAUAUAUAUAUAUAUAUGUGUGUGUGUGUGUGUGUGUGUGUGUGUGUGUGUGUGUGUGUGUGUGUGUGUGUGUGUGUGUGUGUGUGUGUGUGUAGUCAUAUUCACCAUUCAUGGUAUUAAUAUUCACUUAGUUAAUUGAUUCUUAAAAAUGAUAUGUUGAUAAUCCAUCUGCUAAUACAAUAAUCUGUAUAGCAUAUAUGAUUUUCACGGACUAUUAUAAAACCAAAGGACUGAUGACAAAAAUACGUAUAUCACUUGAGUACUUCGUUCGUUUAAAAUAAGCGGGGAACGAAACGUUACAUUCAAUAUCGCAUUACUGGAAUAACAUUAACCUUUAUAGAUUUUCUUGAAUCUAUAAAAGUAAAAUAAUCCAUAUAUGCGUUAUCGUUACCAAAUUCUUGUACCGCAGUAAUGUAGUUUUUUUUUUUUUUUUUCAAUUUUGAAUGAUAUCGUGGUGUAAAAAGUAAACAUGUGAAUCAAGAGUUGUACUGCGAAAAUAUAUAUAAUUGGAGCGGGUUCAAGAUUGGGCUGUCGUUGGAUAAACAGCCCUAUUUGAAAGAGGCUUCUCACAAUAACCCUCCAGGGUAGUGCAUCGGGAUUUCAUGAGAACCAGUAGAGUUUCAGCCCAUAACCACCAUAACAGUGGCUCAUCAUCAACCAGUACCUGUGGGCUCUGCACCAACAGCACUCCAGACAAACGCCCAUAAUGAACAUUUUGAAGAUGAGAGGUUUACCAGCCCUGAACCGCAAGAUUUUGAAAGUGGGAUCCCAAAGCCAUCCACAACAAAUAAACAGCAUUUUUCAUCUCGUAUCAAAGACGUCAUUUGGUUCUGAUAUCAAGAGCCAAGGGUUUCACAGCAUCAGAUCAAGUGGACUUUAUGUAAAUUGCAAGAACCAAUCAGUUGCAAGUAGCAGAUGGCAAGGAUCCUAUGUAAAUCAGCAAACAAGGUCGUUCUUUUCUUACUUUCGUAAAAAAAAAACUUUAGAGGACCAGCAAAAGGCAGAUAAUGUAGAUACACACUAUGAUCUAGUCUAUAGUGGUAAUUCACUGUGGUAUAUUCAUUUAGCAUUAAGUUCAGUGCAUCUGUCUGGUGCUGCAGUUGGUGUGUGUCUUACAGGAGAUAAACUGGGAUUUCCAACUGUGAAUUUGAUUGAUGAAAUUAUAGCAGCUCCACUAGAAGCUGGCUGUUUCAUUACUUUUUCAACAGUCAUAUGUUUAGCUAUUGUUCAGCUUUCAAAGCAAUAUCCUUUUCGUAUUUAUUAUAGUGAACUUGAAAAUCAGUUCAUUGUUAUAUUAUCUAGUUUAAUGCCAUUUUCAACAAGAAAAGUUUAUCUCCAGCCAGGGGAACUUAAACCACAGCCACCUGGACAAUUAGCUAGUUUGUUACCAUGGUCUACCCAUGUACAUAAAGGUCCUUCACAAAACAUAUUACUUUUUUUGGACAGCUUUAAGUACCCAGUGUAUUACAAUAUGCUUCUAGGUUAUCAAUGAAACAAUGUUCAUGAUAUUUGUUGGAAAGAUAUUGUUUAUAGAUAAAAAAAAAAAAAAAUUGUGUAUAUAUAGAGCAGUUUUUUGGAUUGAUUUUACAAACAGCCUUUGUAUUCAAACAUCAACAAAGCUUGUAAUUCAUGUUUGUAAUGUAUAUAUAUUUUUAGAUAUGGUGUAAAUAAUCUUUAGUAAUUAUGCCAAGCCAUAUAAA